CGCGCGUCCCGUGCGCAGCACUCGCACGGCUGCUGUGUACUGAAGUUCGAGCUUCAUAGAACGAGUCAUGGACUAUACACCGCACUAACGACGAUACUUCAAUAACCAGACAGGCCUCAACUCCACCAAUCAACUGUCUUUCAUACUGAAUUCCACCCCUCUCUAUGCCGGGGAUGAAUGCACCAAUGAGGAGCCUGACCGGUAUGCCUGAUCGCAUGUUAUGUGCAGUGCUGGAACAAUUUCAGCUUUACUUUUCCCGUUGAUCCACUCUCUCUAUAGCACAGCAAGCCCAAGCAUGCUGAAGCGGAAGCAGAGCUCACGGGUCGAGGCCCAGCCCAUCACCGACUUUGGGCCUGACGAAACACUGACCGACAGUGCCGACAUUCUUUGGAUCAACAAACCAUGGGUUCAUUCUCUCCUGCGGGCCUGUGCUAUAAUCAGUGUCAUUUCUGUGUGUAUGAACACACCUAAAACCUUUGAGCACUACCCGCCCCUGCAGUACGUCACCUUCACCCUGGACACACUGCUCAUGUUCCUCUACACCGCAGAGAUGAUCGCCAAAAUGCAUAUCAGGGGUAUCAUCAAGGGAGAGAACUCCUAUGUUAAAGACCGCUGGUGCAUGUUUGAUGGCUUCAUGGUGGUCUUCCUCUGGGUCUCCCUUGUGCUUCAGGUGUUUGAAAUAGCAGAGAUUGUGGACCAAAUGUCUCCUUGGGGAAUGUUACGCAUACCAAGGGCCCUCAUAAUGAUCCGAGCCUUCCGAAUCUACUUCCGAUUUGAGCUACCACGCACCCGGAUAACCAACAUUCUCAAGCGAUCGGGGGAGCAAAUCUGGAGUGUGUCCAUAUUUUUGCUCUUCUUCCUGCUCCUGUAUGGAAUCUUGGGUGUUCAGAUGUUUGGCACCUUCAACCAUCACUGCGUUACUAAUGAUACACAGAAAGGUAAUGUUACAUGGAACAGCCUGGCAAUCCCUGAUACACACUGCUCACCAUAUGGAGAGGGUUAUCAGUGUCCAGCAGGGUUCAAGUGUAUGGAUCUGGAAGACUUGGGGCUCAGCAGACAGGAGCUUGGAUACAGUGGUUUCAACGAGCUUGGCACCAGUAUAUUCACGGUGUACGAAGCUGCAUCUCAGGAGGGUUGGGUCUUCAUCAUGUAUCGAGCCAUCGACAGCUUCCCACGCUGGCGCUCAUAUUUCUACUUCAUCACUCUCAUCUUCUUCCUCGCCUGGCUGGUCAAGAAUGUGUUCAUCGCUGUGAUCAUAGAAACGUUUGCUGAGAUCAGAGUGCAGUUCCAGCAGAUGUGGGGGUCCCGGAGCAGCACCACGUCAACAGCCACUACGCAGAUGUUUCAUGAGGACGCAUCUGGAGGAUGGCAGCUCGUGGCGGUGGACGUGAAUAAACCUCAUGGCCAGGCACCUGCCUGCCUCCAGCAAUUGAUGCGUUCUUCAGUUUUCCACAUGUUUAUCCUCAGUAUGGUGACCGUUGACGUGAUUGUAGCUGCUAGCAACUACCACAAAGGCGAGAACCAUAAACUCACCAAUGAUGAGUUCUACUUGGCUGAGGUUGCCUUCACUGUGCUGUUUGAUUUGGAGGCUCUCCUAAAGAUCUGGUGUUUGGGCUUCACUGGUUACAUCAGUUCCUCUCUACACAAAUUUGAGUCACUGCUGGUGGUUGGCACCACCCUGCACAUCUACCCUGAUCUCUACCACUCACAAUUCACCUAUUUCCAGGUUUUGCGAGUGGUCCGUCUGAUAAAGAUCUCACCUGCACUGGAAGAUUUUGUUUAUAAGAUUUUUGGUCCAGGGAAGAAGCUUGGCAGUCUAGUGGUAUUCACCGCCAGUCUGCUUAUUGUGAUGUCUGCCAUCAGUCUGCAGAUGUUCUGCUUUGUAGAGGACUUGGAUCGUUUCACCACAUUUCCACGGGCAUUUAUGUCCAUGUUCCAGAUCCUCACACAGGAGGGUUGGGUGGACGUCAUGGACCAAACGCUGGUGGCAGUGGGACACAUGUGGGCUCCAGUGGUGGCAAUAUACUUUAUUCUCUACCACCUUUUUGCCACACUGAUCCUUCUGAGUCUUUUUGUUGCUGUUAUUUUGGACAAUCUUGAGUUGGAUGAAGACCUGAAAAAGUUAAAACAGCUGAAACAGAGUGAAGCCAAUGCUGAUACUAAAGAAAAGCUUCCACUGCGGUUACGGAUUUUUGAAAAGUUCCCUAAUCGACCACAGAUGGUGAAAAUCUCCAAGCUGCCUUCAGACUUCACUGUGCCCAGAAUCAGGGAGAGCUUCAUGAAGCAGUUCAUCGACCGACAGCAGCAGGACCCCAGCUGUCUCUUUCGCCGCCUUCCCUCUGCAUCAUCCUCAUCCUGCGACCAUUCCAAGAGGUCUGCCAUCGAGGACAAUAAAUACAUAGAUCAGAAGCUGCGAAAGUCAAUAUUUAGCAUCCGAGCCCGUAACCUCAUGGAGAAGGAGACCACCGUCAAUAAAAUUCUACGAGCUUGCACCAGACAACGUAUGCUCAGUGGCUCCUUUGAGGGUCAGCCAACUAAAGAGAGAUCCAUUCUCAGUGUGCAGCACCACAUCCGCCAAGAACGCCGGUCCCUCAGACAUGGCUCUACCAGCCAGAGAAUCAGCAGAGGAAAAUCCCUGGAAACCCUCACUCAGGAUCACUCCAGCACAGUCCGCUACCGUAACGCCCAGCGGGAGGACAGUGAAAUCAAGAUGAUCCAAGAGAAAAAGGAGCAGGCCGAGAUGAAACGAAAAGUCCAAGAGGAGGAACUCCGGGAAAACCAUCCAUAUUUUGACAAGCCACUCUUCAUCGUUGGUAGAGAGCAUCGCUUCCGAAACUUUUGCCGAAUGAUUGUGCGGGCCCGUUUCAAUACGUCAAAAACGGAUCCCAUUACAGGUGCAGUGAAGAGCACAAAAUACCAUCAAUUAUAUGAUUUGCUGGGCUUGGUCACCUAUCUGGACUGGGUGAUGAUCGUGGUCACCAUCUGCUCUUGUAUUUCCAUGAUGUUUGAGUCUCCUUUCACUAGGGUCAUGCAUGUCCCUACCCUGCAGAUUGGAGAAUACGUCUUUGUCAUCUUCAUGAGCAUUGAGUUGAACCUGAAGAUCAUGGCUGAUGGCCUGUUCUUCACUCCCACAGCAGUCAUCCGAGACUUCGGCGGCGUCAUGGACAUCUUCAUCUACUUAGUCAGUCUGAUAUUUCUAUGCUGGCUGCCGAACAAUGUGCCUCCUGAGUCUGGUGCCCAGCUCCUCAUGAUGCUACGCUGCCUACGCCCACUGCGUAUCUUUAAACUUGUGCCCCAGAUGAGGAAAGUGGUUCGUGAGGUCCUCAAGGGUUUCAAAGAGAUCUUCCUGGUCUCUAUUCUUCUCCUGACACUAAUGCUAGUGUUUGCAACCUUUGGGGUGCAACUCUUCGCUGGAAAACUUGCCAAAUGUAACGAUCCUCAUAUCUCUGCUAAGGAGGACUGCCAUGGCAUCUUUAGAAUCAAUGUGAGCAUCUCAAAGAACCUGAAUUUAAAGCUCAGGCCGGGGGAGAAGAAACCAGGAUUUUGGGUGCCAAGAGUUUGGGCAAACCCUCGAAACUUCAAUUUCGAUAACGUGGGCAAUGCCAUGCUAGCUCUGUUUGAGGUCCUGUCACUAAAGGGUUGGGUAGAGGUGAGAGAUGUCAUCAUACACAGAGUGGGACCAAUUCAUGGCAUCUACAUCCAUGUCUUCGUGUUCCUAGGCUGUAUGAUAGGGCUCACACUUUUUGUUGGUGUUGUCAUAGCCAACUUUAAUGAAAAUAAGGGCACUGCUCUUCUGACUGUGGAUCAGAGGAGAUGGGAAGAUUUGAAAAGUCGACUGAAGAUUGCUCAACCCCUCCACCUCCCCCCACGACCAGAAAAUGGUGGCUUCCGGGCAAAAAUGUAUGACAUCACUCAGCAUCCUUUUUUCAAGCGAGGUAUCGCAGUACUGGUCUUAGCCCAGUCUGUUCUCCUGUCUGUUAAGUGGGAUGUAGAUGACCCAGUUACCGUUCCCUUGGCCACCAUGUCUGUGAUCUUCACAUUCAUUUUUGUCCUGGAGGUGACUAUGAAGCUGAUAGCUAUGUCACCAGCAGGAUACUGGCAGAGCAGAAGAAACAGAUACGACCUACUUGUCACAUCCCUGGGAGUCGUAUGGAUCAUUCUCCACUUUUCUUUACUGAAUGCUUAUACAUACAUGAUGGGCACAUGUGUGAUAGUAUUCAGGUUUUUCACCAUAUGUGGGAAGCAUGUGACACUAAAGAUGCUUUUGCUAACUGUGGUUGUCAGCAUGUACAAGAGUUUCUUUAUCAUCGUGGGCAUGUUCCUGCUGUUGCUGUGUUACGCUUUCGCCGGCGUGGUCCUUUUCGGAACUGUCAAAUACGGCGAGAACAUUAACAGGCAUGCAAACUUCUCUACUGCAGGGAAAGCCAUCACUGUACUGUUUCGAAUAGUCACAGGUGAAGACUGGAACAAAAUCAUGCAUGACUGCAUGGUGCAGGUGCCAUUCUGCACCCCAGACAAACAUCGCUACUGGGAGACGGACUGUGGUAACUACGCUGGUGCCCUCAUUUACUUUUGCUCCUUCUACGUUAUCAUCGCUUACAUCAUGCUCAACCUUCUCGUGGCUAUCAUUGUGGAGAACUUCUCUUUGUUCUACUCCACCGAGGAGGACCAGUUGCUUAGCUACAAUGACUUGCGUCACUUCCAGAUAAUUUGGAACAUGGUGGAUGACAAGCGGGAGGGAGUGAUCCCGACCUCUCGAGUGAAGUUCCUGCUGCGUCUGCUGAGGGGUCGUCUGGAGGUUGACCUGGAUAAAGAUAAGCUUCUCUUCAAGCACAUGUGUUACGAGAUGGAGCGUCUGCACAACGGAGGAGAUGUCACCUUCCAUGAUGUACUGAGCAUGCUGUCAUACCGUUCAGUCGAUAUCCGGAAGAGUCUUCAGCUGGAGGAGCUAUUGGCACGAGAGCAGCUUGAGUACACUAUAGAGGAGGAGGUGGCCAAACAAACCAUCCGUAUGUGGUUAAAGAAGUGCCUAAAACGUAUACGAGCCAAGCAGCAGCAGUCAUGUAGCAUCAUUCUCAGUCUGAGAGAGAGCCAACAGCAGGAUCUGCGACGCCUGCUCAACCCUCCCAGCAUUGAGACCACUGUACCCAGUGAGGAUACCAAUGCUCACAACCAGAACAAUCCCACCCAGCCAGAGAACAGUGGCCUGCAAACCCUACUGAGCCCCACCCUGUCAGAACGCAGUGGCUUCAGACAGGACUCUGCUGACCGACCCCAAAGAAAGCUGGGACAGUGGCGACUGCCUGCAGGGCGCAUGAGUGUGAAGUCCAUGGUGAGCAAGAUGAAUCCUGUGAAUGACGAGGCCUCCUCAGGGUCUGAAGUCAAAAAGUGGUGGACUCGUCAACUGACUGUGGAAAGUGAUGAAAGUGGAGAUGACCUCAUUAAUAUUUGAAGCAAAAUAUCACACACAAUUUAUGCAGACAGAGCAGCUCCUGGCUUUCCAGACUGUACUUCUUAAGAAAAGAUUGUUCAGCAGCAUCUUUUGAAUUUGCUUCCUAGAUGGGUAAAGCCAUGAUCUUUUGUAUUAGCUCCAAGUAAGUGUUUAUUUGCUGCUUAAAGCCCCACCUGCACCCAUUCAAGACCUUUAACAGCCUAUUUAAAGACAUGACGGGCCCUAUUUUUAGAGCGCUAGUCCUAAGCGCAGCGCUAUGCCAUAAGACAUAAGCGCAAAGUCAGUGGGCAUGGACAUGAAUGUUUGGUAUUUCGUUCAAGCAUGCGCUAAGUCCAGGUUUCUUUGCGCUAAGCAUGCGCUCAGUCCAGGCGCAAGUGGGUUUGGCAAAAUUACAUGUUCAAAGCGCAAAUGGGCUGGGUCAAUUGCAAUUUCAUUCUAAAAUUAUUCUCCGCUAAUUGCAGAGUCUGCAUCAUAUUAUACCGUAUAGUCCAUUUCCUCAAGCACCAGCGAUAUAAACAAAUGGCACUUUUCCACUGCACGUUACGGUUCGACUCGACUCGACUCUGCUCGCUUUACUUUUCUGAGCUUGCUUUUCCACUGCAGUUUAGUGCAGCCUCAACGUGGGUGGGAUUAUAGGCUGAUCGUCAUAGUUGCGCCGCCUCUACUGCCAUGACAUCAUCUUAAACGCGACACAAACACACAACAAAGGAGCAAUGGAGGAUAUAGAAGGAAUGGUGUUCUUGAUUCUCGGCAUGUGACUGUUUUUCACAGCAAGACGACAAACUUUGUUUCAAAAGAGGCUGACGGCAGCAAGACAAAAUACUGCAAAAAAAAACAGGAGAGUUUGGGAAAUCAUACACCAAAGCCAUCACUGUGUUAGCUCAAAGACGACGCACAAGAUAAGCUAACCUGCCAUCUAGCUUAUAGCAAUGAUGCUGGUAGUGAUGAUUUUCUCUGACCAAUCAGUGAUCUGCAGGGUUUUGACGUCAUAUUUAGUAUCGGCUCGGCUCGCUUGGAACCUCGACCGAGGUGGUACUAAAAAAAGUACCAGGUAAAACCCCCAAAAAGCCGCAGAGUCGAGACAUACCGUGCAGUGGAAAAGCCCCAAAAGACAGCACAUUCAUAAGAAGUUGGUAGUGUAAAAAUGGACUGUAUGCAAUAAAUUAGAAGAAUAGAAAUAUGGACUUACCUGUUCUGUAAAUUAGCAACAGAUUGUCAGGCAUAUUUCUAAGACAGUGGCACGUUCCUUUUGCAAGCAUGGAAAAUUUGGUUCUCGUCAGGAUUUCGAUUUACGCUCCGUAAAAUUAUAGAGAAUGUAAGUAUUAUUAAUCAUUUAAUCUACUGACACACAAAUCAUGGCUAGUAUUAACAGUGAUGGUAUCUGAAUGCACUUCACUUCUACCAGUCAAUUUUGACUUAGAAAAAUGUAAUUCAUUUAUUGAAACAUGAAAAAAUUAAACCAGAAAUAUUUCUACAUUCAAAUUACGCUUCAAAUGAAAUGAAAUAUAAUCAAAAUAACGAAAAGAUCAAAACAAUCAUACCAAAUCCAAACCUUUUACCCUCUCAAACUUCUUCCACCGGCCACUUUUGCAGUGACUUAAAAAUCACUCUUCGACAACAGGUGGAAAAAUACCAAUACAAAUUAGAUAAUAAAUACAAUUGUAAAUAUAAACAAAAAAAUAUAUAAUAAUGGAAAAAUAAACCACGACAUAUAGAUAGUUAAACACAAAUCACAUAAAUGGCUACAACAGCGAUUGUCAUGGGCAUAAUUUAAUGUUCCACUAUAUUUUCAGAAUUUGGACACAAACCUUAUUACAACCUGCUGGUGGAAUCUCCAAACGGCAAAUGUAGGAACUAAAUUUAGAAAUGUGCACUUUGCGCUGAAAACAGACAUGGUUUUGAAAUGUCUUAGCACAUUGCGCUUUGCGCCACUUCAUUACCAUUACAAUACACCCACACAGGCCGGCUCCACAGGGGGGCCUGGGUGGGCCUGGCCCACCCAAUCAUGAACUUGGCCCACCUUGAGAACUACACCUACACCCACCCCUCCAACUGUUCAGCCCACCCAGUGGGUCCUAUGGUCCACCUUACAUCUUAGAGCUGGAGCCAGGCCAGCACCCACAGGUAGCGCAAACACUCCCACCCAUGCCCACUUGCGCUUUGCGCUGGCACGAAUAUUACGCUUAGAAUAAGCGCUCUCAAUUUGAUCAAAUAGCACUGCGCUUUGCACACUCAUGAAAACAGAGCCCUAAUACUUCUUUCAGUCAUUAGCUUACUCUACUGUGUUGACAUUUAUCAGUGACAAUUUUUUUGUCAGUGAGAAGUCACAUAUUACAGUAAUGAUGAAAAAUGCAGCUGUUAUGUGUCCUCAGGAAGUUUAUUGUAAUAUAAGAGAUUAAUAAUCUGCAAUCAAGAUAUAAUGGUUAUAUAAUGGAUAUAAUGGUUAACUAAAGCCAUACAGUUCUCUUUGUUUGUCUUUGUGUCAGUGUCUCUUGUUUGGCCACCAUAAUUGUCUUACAUUACAUGGAUGUAUUAUUAUGUUUGUUUGUCAAAUCCAAAAUUAUCUUGUGUGGUGAUUUUUAUUUAUAACAUGCAAACACUUGCAGAUAUUUUGGCAAGAUAUUGAAUGUAACCGUAUUAUAUGUUUAAGUGACUGUGAUUUCUACAAAACAUGAAGUAUUAUAAUAAAGAAGUUAUGUUAGUUAUAAAAUUAAUUAAAAUAAUACAGUAUAUUGAAAUAAUGUAUUGAAAUAAUAUACUUAAUAUAUUUUGUAAAUGAAAAUUGCAGCAAUUUAUAUAUAUUGUGUGCUUUUAAAUUAAAAGUCUCAGUGAUAUUACCUGAAGAGUUUGUAUAAUUUGUUUUUAUCUAUAAUAAUUACCAGGAACAAAUGAAAAUAACUAUGAGCAAACAGUAUAAAGCCAUAUUUACUGGAAGAACAUGGUUAAUUAUUUACAACAGCUGCAGUUUCCAUGCAAAUUUAACUAAGAGAUUUCAGUUAAAAACCUUCUACAGGGACAAUGAAGUAAAAACAUUGGACUAAAAUACAGAAGAUGAAUGAAGGAUUUGAACAAAAUGUUUAGGUACACUAAGCUAUCUGAGACUUUACAUCAACAUUUAAAGCCAGCUUCCAUAGAUAGCUCAGAGGUAGUUUUUUCUUUUCUUUGCUAUGCUAAGUUUUCCUCUCUACAGAAAUGUGCAUUCUACUGAGGGCACAUAUUGCAUCAUUAAAUGACUUGGAUGACAGAGGAGACAUCCAUUACUUGUUCAA